CGCGAGGGGGUGUGGCCAGAUGGUUUCUCCUUAAAAUGGCUCCAAGUCUCCGGACAGCUCGAGCCAGCGGAAGGGCACGCCGGAGCCGUGCUGGAGGAGCUGUCCGGGUGGGACUGACCGGGCCGAGCCGGAGCGGACGCGAAGGGGCCAGCGCCUGCAGCAUCGCUCCGUCCUCCUGGCGCGCUCUGCGUGCGCGCACCGAGUCUCCCUCCCCGUCUCCAGGGCCUUGUGGCACGAGAGUCGCUGGCAGCGCGCGGCUUGGGCAUCUCUGCGCACCGGUUCUGUCCUGGUCUCAGGGGAACUUUGUCGCGUUUUCCAUCCGCCGGACUGGACGGGUGGGAUGCUCGACACCGUCGGGGCUUGGCUGUGGGGUUCUUGCAGGGCCGGUUGCAAAGCGUUCUGGCUGCGGGAGGCUGUCCUGCCGCUGCUGUGUGGGCCGGUUUGGCCCCUGGCUCUUGGUGAGCUGGCAGCGUCACCGGACAAAGAGCCCCGAGCCUUGGGGUGUCCCAGAAGUCGACGCGUGGGUUUACUUCCCCUCGGGUCCCACGGGAUCGCUUCCCUCCCGGCGGAUUCCGAAGCCCGCCCAGUCGCCGUACCAGUGGCUCCUGCUGCUUGGACGCAGGGCUAAUCCUGCCCUUCUGAUCUAAUCCGGAUCGGGACCUGGGCCCGGGGGAGGCCCCCACCUUCUCCUAUUGUUCUGGGGCCCAGGUGACCCUCGGGCUGAUGGUGGCAGGCAGAGACGACGGAAAGAGCUCAGGCUGGCGGCCCUCUCUGGAAUCCCCGGAGGACACUGAUGAGGGAGGUCCUGGGUCCUCUCUGUAGGGCCGCAAUGGCGGUGAGUCCCACAGGGCCGCCCAGCCCGCAGCUCGCUAAAGAUAGCUCUUCACUUCCUGGGGAAAAACCACCCCAACCGUCUUCACCGAGGGAGAGAAGUAGCUGAAAUCACCAACUUGCCGGUGGGUCUCAGCCCGGCAGCAGCUUACCUACAGCAUGGAAAGUGCUUUGGAAUGACACGAUCACUCCCGUUGAGUGGGCACCCAAGAAGCCAUCGGGAAUGUCGUGUCCGCCCAGUGCGCUUUCGGCACCCCCCAAGCAGGGCCUCAGAGCCCUGACCCAGAGAGGAACCUUACCAAACUUUGCUUAUCCCUAGGGCUCACUCUUGCGGAGCACAGUUCACUAGUUCGAUUCAUUCAUAACUAGGGGAAGCGGAGGAGAUUUAAGUUACAUUGAAAUGAAAGCGUUUGGACAGAAGAAAGCUUUCCCGCAGUGUGCUCCACCUGAGGUCUCUGAUGAGUUGGGUCUUCCCAUGAUCACAUUUAAUUGUCGCAAACAGGCCAGUUAUUUAAAGAAAGAUCAAAGGUGCCGGUAACACCUGGUCAAAGGAAAAACAUUAAAGGUUGGUAAUUCUGGAAAUUAUGAUAAUUCCUCAGGUAUCAAGAGGUGCAAUUUUAUCAGAUUGGACUUUUAUUGGGAAUAAAGACGUCCCGUGCCACAAACGAGGGAAGUCAUGCAAAUGAUCAGAAAGAACUCGUUUGUUUUCUUGCUUGUUUGUUUGCUUGCUUUUAAAGUAGGUAGUAAAGUGUCUUUAAUGAAAGGUGGGCAGCACUUGGGAGGCAGAAGCAGACAGAUCUCUGAGUUCCA